AACGCUUUGCACCGCCACUUCAGCAGGAGUGUGCCACCAUUUCAAAGGCAAAGGCAGUGGAAGCGAUGUAUAACAAGCUGGCAUCGCCCAUGCAUUCGUACUUUCAUGCCGCCUACAUCCCAACUAACCACGUCAAGUGGAUGAAAUCAGGAGAGGAUGUGUUCUAUGAGGUGCCCUAUACAAUGCGCUUUGAGCCGUACUACAUAGCCCGAGCACCUAUUCCGAUGUUUAAUCCAGGGUUUGUGGACCGUGGCGGCAACUUCGCACAGCAG